GAGGGGUACAAAAGUGCCUGCACCGCCCAGGCAGCAGAAAAAGUUAGAAAAGUCCUGACAUCGUUACAUUGCUGAAUGCAGCCAUAUCCUCUCCCGUGGACUAUAAAGCCUACAUUAUUCAAGCAAGCCACCCUCCUAAAAAGACUAGAAUUGUCUGCUCUUCCGCUGCCACAGUCAUUGCUGCUCUGCCACUUGACAAAGACACUUCAACCACUGCCUGCGUAUCUUCACACCCCUGAGACCCAGACUCAGCUUCUACCAACACCCCAGACUUAAACUUCAGAGAUGGAGGAUCACGUGGCGCGGUUUGCCCUGCUUCUGUGCAUCGCUGUUGCAGCCUCUGCCUCAAGUCAGACAUGUAAUCCAAUGGAGGCUGAGGACAACCCAUGGGUCUCUGUGAGUGGGAUGCUAAUUGGCUGUUGGACCAGCUUCAUCAGAGAGGACAAGGCAGAGGUCCACAUCCUUAACCUGAACUUCAGCGGCUCGGAUUCCAAGAUUUUCUCUCUCGAGAUGACCAACGCCAAGCCAAUGAACCUUAUCCUCACAUCGUCAGAAACGGCCUACUGUCUAUGCAAACUCAACGCAGACGUUAAUGUUUAUAUCAACAAUGAUUCCACAAUUGUCUUACAUGGGAAUGAACAUCCCAACAAUGUCCACAAGCAAGACUUCCCCACUCAAGAUGAGGAGCUGGUCAAGUGGGCAAGACAGAAAUUUGGGGGUGUGACUUCAUUCACUACAAUCCGAAAACUGAAAAAAAUCACAUCGACAGGAACAAAAGGAACCAAACCUGACUCUCAUGACUGCAUACUUAAAAAUGAAGAUGCAUCAGAGAAGCAUUUUAUGAAGAUUGAAGCAGCACCCUUGGCUUCGUUCAAAUCUUGCUUCCCACAGCAACAGAACCCCGGUGAUGAAGCUGAGCUUCAUAUCAUAAACAUCCCAGAGAAUGCCAGCAUUCGCAAUGUAUCACUUCGUGUGGACACUAAGAAGAUCAGUGUGUUCCUGAGAGGCCCUCAGGGGACCACAUGGACCUUUGUCAACCCACAACACACCCACUUUGGUUCUAACAAUGACAUCCUGCUGCCCACCAUCACACACAGAGUCACCCCUUUGUUUACACUGAACAGUGACUAUGCGGAAGAUGUGCAAAGGAAGGCUUUAGAUCAUUUUAAAGCCAGUACUUUCACCAGCUAUACUGAACUCAGACCAGAGGACUCUUUGGUGUUACUGGUUCUUGGAAAAAAAGACAACCCUGAAGUUACAGAAACAGUACCAGAAGCGGUCAAUCCCACAACUAAUGCCCCACAUCAGAUGCCUCUGUUUAUGCAGCUAUACACCUCCCCAGACUACCGUUCUCCCCUGGACCCUAACACCAAGGUGCAGAGUAACAAGAGAAUUUAUGCAGAGAUUUCAGGGCACACUUUUGGGGACAUUGUCUUGACCAUCAAGGUGAUCAGCUGCUUUGUGCGCACCAAAGGCUCAUGCCCUGUAGUGAAAGAGCUGCCCUUCAUGCCAGAGGCCUGCUCCUUAAAUUCUUGUCCCAACAGCACCCGACUCAGCUUUUCCUUAGAUCAGGUCCAAGAGGUGACAUCCACCACAUGGGACCUGGAAUGUGCCGUCAAACUUUGCUACAGUGAGAAAUGUGGAGAUGGAGGAAUUGCGAAGGGGAAUCUGGAGGUUACCCAGCCGUGUCUGCAACCACCAACCCCACCAUGCUUUGAAUUUGGCCUACCUGGUGUUCUGGGCAUUGCAUUUGGAGGGUUCCUGAUUGGAGUAUUACUUAUUGGAGCACUGUGGUUUAUCAAAAUUAAAACAGGGUACCCAACUGGACUGGACAUUCGCUCAACUGCAGCAAAUCUUCCUGGAUGUCCCUGCUCAGGCGCAAAACGACAACCUGUUUCUACCAACCCUUCGCCCUCUGAGAACAGCAGCGCCAACGCUAGCAUUGGAAGCACCCAGAGCACACCGACCAGCAGCAUGGCAUGAGAUUAUGGUAAUCUCUACCACCAGCAGGGCCACCAUCUCCUUUCAAAGUCACCUAUACGGGUUUUGUGCUUUUGUUUUCUUUAAUAAUGCUUAAAAAGCAUUUCUCCCUUCCUUUCCCACUUCAAAUUAUCAUGAAAAAGCACAAGCCACAUCUUUGACACACCAGGCCUGAAAAGGGGGGUGGGGGGGUGACGGAUAACAGAAGUCUAAUCAAUGGCUUCUGACGCUCACCUCUGCAGCCUCUCUGUAAAGUCAAGCUCCUAGACAGGAAGUUAAAGAGGGCAAAAGAAAAAAAAACAAAUUGGCUCCCAGCAACAGGAAAAACAAACCAUAUCCCCCAAGAGCUAACAGGAAAUUCACUGCAUUCCUUUCAAUGAAUUGUGGUUGUGUGAUGGCAGCACAAUAAUAGUUAGACAGGAGACAAACCAGUCAAAAGACCGACUUUGAAAAACAGAUGAAAAGCUGUUUUGCAUUUACAUCUAAGCUACAAAAAUACGAGGGGCUUUUGGAAAGGUCAGUCCAAAAAGUUAUCAACAACGUCUCGGGGACUGAAAAGCUCGACAUGUUAGGAUCUCACACCAGUCAAUGCUCACUUCAAGGUGUAUUUGUCUUAAUUGGAGUUUGAGGUCAAUGAUUAACAGCUACCUCCUAUUAUUUAGAAGUCUGGAGCUAAGUUUAAACUCAGCACUAGAUUUCUCUGGUGAAUUGAUCUUAUUUUCAAUUAUUGUUUUAUUCUGUGUCACUUUAGGUGAAUCUUAUCGUUGACCCUCUGGGUCAUUUGUAGCUCAUGAAACAAAGUUAUGGUGCCAUUUUCAUGCUAUCAAAUAGCUGUAUUAGGGCCUUCAUAUCAAAGUCAAGUUUUUCUUUUCAGUGAUUAGAAAUUACAGAGAAAUACUGUAUACUUGAUUUCCUCAUAACUCAACAAAAACAAUCCUAAAUCAUAUUUAUGGCCCAAAGGUAGCAAUAAAUUAUGGACCGCUUAGAUAAAAAGUACUUUUAUUUAUGUGAGCUCAGAAAUAAUUGCUCUUGUAAUGUACAGUACAGCAUGCAGAGAUGCAUGGCUGUAUUCAGAGCUGAGUAAUGUGCCCAUAAUGAGGAGUUAGAACCAAAACUUUACACAUCAGUUUUCAGACCUUGGAUUUAUAUAUGGACUUAAGAGCCACUCAUACAGCUACGCCCACAGGGUGGAGUUUCCUAAAAUAGUCUGUCUUGAGGAAUUCCAGUACUUUUCCUUUGUACUAUGUCCAUUGUCACCAGAAUCUGUAAUAAGUCCUUCACCACUGCCUGACAAUUUCUUGUAACCACAAUUUUUCACCAUAAAUUUUAUGUUUGUGGUAACACACACAAACACAUACAUAGAAAAAUACAUUUAUAUAUUGCAUUAAAGUGUUUUCAGGCCAGUUUAAUCAUCAUCCCAUUGACCUAGAUGCAGCUGUUUAUGGUGUAUAAACCAUUACUCUUCCUAUAUCGAAGAUCAAGACUUGAUAUUAAGCAAGUAUAAACUGUCCAACCUACUUGCUCAUAUUCAUUGUCUUUUCAUUCAAAAUGUAGCCAGCCACUAAUGUUCUUCUUCAUCUUGUGAUUAGAGAUGAGUGCACAGAAGGGAAAUCAUUUUUAGACCUCUAAUGGAUGUUAUGGAUCACCAAUGCAUUCAGAGAUUUGGCUUUGACAAACAAGCAAUCCUUGAUCCCUGCUACAUACUGAAGAGUUGCCACCUCGAUGUGACCACACUUCUUGAGACUUUUAUUCCUUGUGGGGUAAACUUUAAGUACAAACAAUUAGCCAAAAUAUUAAAUGAAAUUCACAUUUAAUUUUUUUCUUAAGCAGAAGGACAUUAAAUCUGAGAUUCAAGGCAAAUGUUUGUUUUAAACGAAUGGGCUAGAAAACCUGAUUUCCAGGUGAAAACUGCCAAACUCAGAUGUGUGGACUGUACAUAGGUAAUUUUGAUAUAUCUAAAGUUAAAAACCUGCAAGCUCCCACCACUUUUUCCUAAUGUUCAAACUUAAACUUUCCAUAAGUUAGCAGCUCUGAAUACAGCCUAUAUGAACUCCACAGUAUAAUCAAUAGUAACAAUAGAAUGAGACCACAUCUUGUAUGUACUGUUUGCAACAAUACAUUAGUCAAUCAGUUGUGCUUUAACCCCAUGAAGACUGCUUUAAAAAUGCAACUCUAGUUUUAUUUCCAACUGUCACUUGACAUGCCUAAUGAUAUGAGAGAGAUUAGUUUCUUGUUAAAAUGAUUAACUUCUGCUGUCUACAUUUGAUAGGCUGCAUCAGCCACUGCAGUGCUAAUGCUAGACAGAAGCUGCAUAGAUGCAUAAUGGUGACUUUCAUGAGGACUAGAACUGUAGAGUGAUCGUUGAUCUGUGAAUCCACAAUUUGUUUCAAUGUACAAAUGUAAAUGUAUUUUUUAUAUUGUAUGUAUCUUUUACCUCUUUAAAAAUAUUCCACAAACAACAUCACACGUCAAGUCUUGUGGUAUAAGUAAAAAAUUGACACAAGCACCAAAAUUGUGAUGUUGAAACUUUUCUUUAUAUACAUUUGACACACUGAUUUACUGAUGCAUGUGUAGUCACACUCCCAUAGUUACUCACCUUGUGAUUUGGAUUGUUAAAAUAAUUUAUUCACCUUCAAACCUAAUCUCAAAAAUAUUCUGUGUUUUCCAGACCAACUGCAUUUAUAAAAUGUCUCCUCAUUGUAUGUAGGCUAUGUAGCUUAUUACCCCUCAGUGUGUGCGUGCAUGUAUGUUUUUUUGUGCAUGCCUGAUUUUCUUUGUGUAUUUGUGGAGAGGCAGAGAACAAAGAGGGCCAGUACAAAUUGCCACUUGAGUAUUUGUGCAAUAUGAUGAGGUAAACUUGUAUUUAAUGUCUAUAUGUAGUUUUUACCAUGUUUUUUUUUGUAAGUGUUGUAUCAUAUUCUUACUUUGAAACAUUUUCUCAACCUGCUUUGUUCUUUUACAUAUUUGGAGAACUUGGACAAUUCCUAAUCAAGGCUCUUAUCAAAUGCAUAAGAUUGGUUUUGUAUAGUAAUCUUUGUUUAUUAUUCUCAUAUAGAUUCGAUAUCUGAUUACAUUGUAGUACAGCAGUACAGACAGUGCGUGUUAUAUCACAUGUCAAAGAUGGUUCAUUGGUUUUACCCCUGUUUAGCGUUUGCCCUACCCCUAAUAUUCAUCCUACUGUAAUAACACGGCAUAUCUCUGCUGAUUCUGACAUCCUGACAUUGUAUUGUGUUCAUUGUACUAUCUUUAGGGGUAUCAUGGGGAAAUAGAUUCUGAAAGACGGAGUGUCUCACCGCAGAGAAGCAUCCCAGUUAAAUUACGAACUUGUCGUUUGCAGGAAACAUUCAAACUUAAAACAGUGAAAAUGUGGUGGUUAGUGAGAACUUUUUGCAUGUAAUUUUAGGAAAUGGCUGCAAUAUUAGACCUUUUUUUCUUUUUCUUUUUUUUUCUCCUUCAAAUGUCAGGUAUUCUGUACCUGUGUUAAACCAGCCCCGGUGGACCCAGCCAGGUUCUGUCUGAUCAGACAGGCUGUCAGUUAAUUCACUUGUUAACCCUGCAGAGCCCUUCGUUACCUCUGACAACAACUUUCUCCUCCUCAGACACUCUACACAGUUAUAUAAUGCAAUAUGUGUGUGUGUGCUUAUACACAGUAUGUGUACUGCAUGUGUGUGUGUGUACAUCUGUGUGUAGGUGUACAAUAGAAACUUUGCCUACAUUUAUGUGAGCAGAUUCUUCCUCCACUCUCUUAACAAUGUCCAAAUUCUGAAUUCUUACGAAAAAUCUGAAGCCUUAACAACAUGUCAGAAUGUCUGCUUUGAUUUUACCGAGUAUAAAAUGCAGUGUUAUUUUUGUGCUAGAGUGGGUGGCUUUUAACAUUUAAAAUUUGUUGAGACAGUACUCAACUGAUGUCAUGUAAUUCUAUGUUGUCUCUGAAGAAAUAUAUGUUUUGUCUGAAAUUAUCUUAAUAAAGUCAAUAUGACAAA